ACACAUAUCAUUUAUGACGCAAAAGAAAUCUUCCUACCUUUUUCCUUCCUGCGUCUUCUUUCUUCUCGGUUCACUUAUUAAAUUCACUUUUUCAUAAGAAUAUUCUAUACUAUGUUUAAGCUUAUUCCGGAAAUUGGGAGUUAAUAUUUAUUCCAAUCAUUACAUAUUUUAUUAUUUUUUUAAUACAAAACCGUUGUAGUACACCGGUGCACUCAAUCCAUGGAAUUUCUAGAUUUGUUUGUUGUAUCACUGAAUCCGGUUCUGAAGACGCUUCUGAUCACCGUGGUCGGGUUACUCCUCGCCAUACCGCGGAUUGAUAUCUUGGGCGACGUGGCUCGCCACCAUCUCAACAACGUUGUGUAUUAUGUGUUCAAUCCAGCACUUACAGGUGGUAGCCUUGCUGAUACUGUCACAGCCACCUCAAUAGUUUCUCUAUGGUUCAUGCCAGUGAACAUCCUUCUCACAUUCAUACUCGGAUCAGGGCUUGGAUGGGCGCUUGUUAAAAUCACCAGAACCCCAGAAGACUUGCAUGGUCUAGUCGUCGGUUCAUGCGCUGCGGGAAACCAUGGACACUUGCUUCUGAUCAUCAUUCCUGCGGUUUGUGAAGAGGAUAACAGCCCAUUUGGGGACAAAUUGACUUGUUCGGCUAACGGGCAGGGUCUGGUUUCACUAUCCAUGGCGAUUAAUGCGAUUUAUAUCUGGACGUAUGUUUACAACAUCAUAUGGAAAUAUGGGAAUUUGAGCGGCAAAGACAUUGCGAAAGCAUCGACUAUUAGCAUUGAUUGUUCAGGUAGAACUUUGGAUAUGUUUAGGGAAAACUACACCGAGGCGUUGCUACAAUCUCGGCAGUCAAGUUUCAAUGAUUGUGAAGAUCCUGAUGAUGAAUAUAGCGAAGUGCAGGAACAUAAUAUAGCAGUUGAAGAUGUCCCAGAGAAAAAGGAGACCUUGUUAACGAAGAUUAAAGCGCAUCUUGAAGCCUUAUCAGAUAAGAUCAACCUCAAAAUGUGGUUCACACCUACCACCAAUGCCACGAUCGUUGGGCUUCUGAUAGGAGUGAUCUCUCCAAUUAGAAAGCUAAUGAUCGGUGAUCAUGCCCCCCUUCGUGUUUUCGACGGUUCUGCAAGUCUUCUUGGUCAGGCAACAGUUCCAGCCAUGACGUUGAUUGUGGGAGCCAAUCUUCUUAAGGGUAUGAAGAAAUCGGGUGUAGGUGUGUGGCUGAUGAUAGGAAUUUUAGCGGUUCGCUAUGUCGCUUUGCCAAUCGUGGGCUUUGGUGUUGUCAAAGCCGCACAACAUGUUGGAUUCGUGGGAUCUGAUUCCCUAUACGUGUUUAUUCUUUUGAUCCAAUAUUCUGUUCCACCCGCGAUGGCUAUUGGUACUAUAACACAGUUGUUUGAGGUGGGUGAAAGCGAGUGUUCUGUCAUUAUGCUAUGGACUUAUGGCAUGGCUGCAAUAGCUCUUACCCUGUGGUCCACCUUUUUCAUGCGGCUUGUUUCUUGAUGAACAACCCGAUGUCACAAGAGAAAGAAGUAUGAACCUGUUAAUGAAUAAAUACUACUAUUUGUUAGCAAAAUUGUUUAUCAUGUAAAACGAUAAAGCUCUAUGACUUGUGAUUGUUGUAUAGUUGUAUGAUGCUCAGCGAACCAUGUGGUUCCGGUUCUACCUAUUAAAAGAAUUAUUUGUGUUUUUUUAACGACUAUAAAAAAUAUCUAAAUAUUAUAUCAA